GAUUUAUUGAAAAUCCAACAAUCCCGAUCCUUUAUUAAUUAUCCCCUUCAACAGAAGAAUUAAAACAGCAUCCAGCGGGAGUUCAGUUCCCACAUAAGAGCUACAGAGUUAUAAACGGUCAUCGGAGUUUGACGUCGCCGCCGGGAAAAUAUCAGCAGGCAUGGGGAAGGAGCAGAGCUUCGAAGGGAAACAAAUUGGUUGCAUCACCGGCUUCCUUCAAAUCUUUGAUUGCCACUACUCCGCCAACCGCUUCCCUCCCUCGCCGGUAUUCGAUAUAACAACAUCCGAGUCGGAGAAGUCAACCCCUUCCUCGCCGGCGAUCUCCGUGGAAUUCGUGAAAUCGUCGCCGAUGCUGGAAGGCACCAAGUGUUCGUGGAAAUUCGGCAAAGAAGCCCCACGCCUAUCGCUCGACAGCAGAGCCACCACAGAUGCCAAGGGCACUCUCCACCCCAAGGAAAUCCGCACCGCCGCCGACGGUAACGACGACGACAGCCAACAGCACCGCUCUCCCAGCGUCAUCGCCAGGCUCAUGGGCCUCGAUUCGUCCUGCAUCGAGCCGGAGCUCCGGAGAUCCGCCUCCGAGUCCAGAGUCUCCAGAGAUAUCUUCCACUCUCGAUUAACCAAUUUCCCCUCCACCGCCGACGACAACGCACCGCGAUUUUCAGAUCCGAUCAACUAUUUGCUCAAAAAUGCUGGUAAAAUCGAUGCGCCGAAAGCGUUCAACAGAGUCGCUCCUCGUCACCGCAAAAGCUUCUUCGACUCCGGCGACUUCUUCCCCGAGACAAAACAGGUGGUUUCUAUCCACGCCGAGACCGAGAACAGAUUGAAAUUGCGAGGAAUUGACGAAUCCUCCACGGAUUUGGAAACAUUGAAACAAAUACUCGAAGCUAUGCAACUCAAAGGACUUUUACAUUCCAGAAAACGCUCGGAGCACCACCAAAUCCGCCACCGCAACUUCGUCUACGACGAUUCCUCGAUCAUCGAAUUGAAACCGUCGCGAUCGCCAAAUUCCACGCCAUUCAGUCGGAAAAUGUCAUACGAUUAUUCCCCGCCGCUCGGUCGAAAUCACACCGGCCGAGGUGGCAUGAGGAUUGGAGAGAAUUCACCUCGACGUGACCGGAAUCCUGCUCAGACCACCCCAAAUCGGACCGGAGGUUGUGCAAUCGGAAGGCCGUCCAACUCAGUGCCAAAGCUUAAACCGUUGAGCGUCGCAACGCAUUCACACGAGAACCGGCAGGUGUCACCAAAUCCGAAGCUCAACCCGAGAAGAACCAGACGGGAAGCACCUGCCAGCGCAAUAUCGCAAAGGAACGGCGAUCGGAGAGAGAGGAAGGCAGAGGAUGAAUCAUGGUCAAUUUCCGGUGGCAGUGAGAGGUGUAAAAGCGAGGGGCGCAGCUUAUUAGAGAGGUGUGAUAAGCUGCUGCACAGCAUAGCGGAGAUGACUGCGACCGAAAUGCAGUCCAGCCCCGUGUCGGUUCUUGACUCGUCCUUGUACAAGGACGAGUCAUUGACCCCUUCGCCCAUCACGACAAGGCGUAAUAUUCAUUUCAAAGAUGAGUGUAUUGGACUGGAUGAAGAGGAAUGGAGCUCUGAGAUCGUCGCAUCACAAGACUACGACGAUUUCAUGUACGUCUCGGAUGUUGUAAGGGCAUCCCGUUAUCUCCCACAAGAGUCGGAUCUCUUCCUGUUGCUAGAGAAACAACAGUAUCUCAAGGGAAAGGACACAGGAAAAGUGUCGAGGCUGCAGAGGAAGCUCAUCUUCGACACUGUGCACGAGAUCCUCGAUAGGAAUAGGCGGUUGCCACCCUGGAAGGUGGCCUCGUCUGCGUCUUUGGACAAGGUGUGGUCGGAAUUCCAAAGAGUGCGGGAGAGGGAGAGUGCCACGGCUCAGGAUCUGUUUGGCACCAUUUGUGGCGUGCUCAAGAAAGACCUAGCUGGAGAUGGGAUCUCCGGUUGGGAGGAUUGCCCGUUGGAGAUGUCCGAGGCCAUCUUAGACAUCGAACGGCUGAUAUUCAAGGAUCUCAUCGGUGAGGCCAUUCGAGACCUAGCGGCAUUAGAGUUGAGUAGCAAGGCAAGGUUACCGUCCUUGCGUAGAAGGAAGUUGGUUUUCUCAACUCCUAAUUAGGGCAUUUUGUUUUAAUUUUGUAACCAGUUCUAGUAGUGUAUUAUGCUCUUUACAUUUCACUGU